AAAAGCAGAAUGAACAGCGAGGGAAGGUUGCAGAAAUGAACAAGUGAGAGACAGCAAUGGACUCACUGACACUCUCUUUAGGGUUUGCCGCUUCGAUUAAAAAACUUGCAAAGUGAAAGCUGAGAGUAUAAUCUUGUUUCUCUGUCCUCAUCUUAACUUUGGAACUUCUGUUGUCCUCAGAAUUCUUCUUCAUCUCGGUGAAACUUAAUUUCUGCAUGCUGGCAUCUUGAGAUAAUAUAUUGAUCAAUCUGUAAUUGGGCUGUGAACUUGCGGGAAAGUUCCUACCUUGGUAAUUUGGUUUGUACUUUUCCCUUUUAUUGGGAAUAGCCAUGGGAGUUAUCCGUGCGAAUUUCUGCAUUUUUCUUAUUUUUGGCCUGAUUGUGGCGGUAUACGGUGCCACAGAUCCAAAUGACCUCAAAAUUCUGAAUGAUUUCAAAAAAGGUUUGGAGAAUCCAGAGCUUCUUAAAUGGCCGAACAACGGGGAUGACCCUUGUGGUCCUCCUUCAUGGCCUUACGUGUUCUGUGCUGGUAACAGAGUCGCACAGAUUCAGGCCAAAUCUCUGGGUCUUAAAGGAACGCUACCUCCAUCUUUUAAUCAGCUCUCGGAACUUUUCAACUUGGGUCUCCAACACAACAAGCUUAGCGGGAUGCUGCCUACUUUUAGUGGAUUAUCUAAAUUGGAAUUCGCUUUCUUAAAUGACAAUCAAUUUGAUGGAAUCCCAUCUGAUUUUUUUGAUGGUCUCAGCAGUAUUCGUGAUUUAGCUUUGGCAGAAAAUCCAUUGAAUGCGAGCACAGGGUGGUCUCUUCCUGCGAGUUUAGAAAAGUCAACACAAUUAACGAAUCUUUCUCUUGUGCAUUGCAAUUUAGUUGGACCAGUACCUGAUUUUUUGGGCACAUUGCCGUCUCUCUCAAAUUUGUUACUUUCAUACAACCGAUUGUCUGGUAGCAUUCCGAACAGUUUUGGUCAGUCUUCUAUGCAAGUUUUGUGGUUGAAUAACCAAGAUGGUGGUGGGAUGACUGGUCCAAUUGAUGUUAUUGCUUCAAUGACUUCUCUAACGCAGCUUUGGCUUCACGGAAAUCAGUUCUCUGGGACAAUUCCCAAGAGUAUCGGAAAUCUGACUUCCUUGACGGAUCUCAACCUCAAUGGUAAUCAACUUGUUGGCUUGAUUCCUGAAGGUCUGGCCAAUAUGGAACUUCAGAAUUUGGUGUUAAACAAUAACAGGCUCAUGGGUCCUAUACCAAAGUUUAAGGCUAGAAAUGUUUCUUAUGAUUUCAAUUUCUUUUGUCAACAGAAGCCUGGCGUUGAAUGUGCCCCCGAGGUUACUGCUCUACUUGAUUUUCUCGGUAAUCUAAAUUACCCUUCAACGCUCGCUUCUCAAUGGUCUGGUAAUGAACCGUGUACUGGGCCAUGGCUGGGAUUGAGCUGCAAUCCCAAGUCAGAGGUAUCGAUUAUUAACUUUCCCCACCGCAGGCUCAAUGGUACCCUGAGCCCCUCCCUUGCUAAGUUACCUUCACUCCAUGAGAUCAGGCUUGGAGGGAAUAAUUUAACUGGCCAAGUUCCUAGCAGUUUCACUGAACUGAAAUCUUUGCAGCUCUUGGAUUUAAGUGAUAAUAAUCUUGAGCCCCCAGUGCCAAAUUUUCAUGGUGUGAAGCUUGUUCUUGAUGGCAAUCCUCUUUUUGCCAACCAAACAGGAAAAAGUCCCCAUCCUAUCAGCAGCCCACUACCACCAAGUUCACAAUCUUCACCUCACAACCCAUCUCCAUCCUCUGAACGCCAUCCUUCCUCGAGUCAGAGUUCAAGCUCAAAUCCAUCAAGGUCAGGACAAGUACAAUCACAGCAAGACAAAUCUAGAAGAUUCAGAACACUAGCAAUAGUGGCUGGAGCUGCAAUUUUUGCCAUUGCAGCUAUUCUGGUUAUUUUCCUAUCCAUAUAUUGCUCAAAGAAGAAGAAGAAGAAAACCUUAUUGGAUGAUUCUAGUUCCAUUGUGGUUCAUCCUCGAGACCCGUCCAACCCAGAUGUGGUUAAAAUUGCAGUAGCCGACAACGCUGCUGGAAGCUUAUCAUCAAAGGCCGGGACAAGUUCUUUGAGAAACAUUAGUGGUGAAUCUGAAACCUCGCAUGUGAUUGAUGCUGGUAAUCUUGUGAUCUCUGUUCAAAUUUUACGCAAGGUUACCAAAAACUUUUCUCCAGAAAAUGAGCUAGGCCAUGGUGGGUUUGGGACUGUCUAUAAAGGUGAACUGGAAGAUGGGACGAAAAUAGCAGUGAAGAGAAUGGAGAGUGGAGCUAUGAGCAGGAAAGCACUGCAUGAGUUUCAGGCUGAAAUAGCUGUUCUUUCUAAGGUUCGUCACCGACAUUUAGUAUCUUUGUUGGGAUACUCCACUGAAGGCGAUGAAAGACUUUUGGUCUAUGAAUAUAUGCCUCUGGGUGCUCUAAGCAAGCAUCUAUUUCAGUGGAAAAGCCUGAAAUUGGAGCCUUUGACUUGGUCGCAAAGGCUUGUGAUAGCACUAGAUGUUGCAAGAGGAAUGGAAUACCUCCAUAGUCUUGCCCGCCAGACCUUCAUCCACCGAGACCUCAAGCCUUCUAAUAUUCUUCUUGAUGAAGAUUUACGGGCAAAAGUUUCAGAUUUUGGCUUAGUGAAACUUGCCCCAGAUGGUGAGAAGUCUGUGGUAACUACUCUUGCUGGGACGUUUGGAUAUCUUGCCCCUGAAUAUGCAGUGAUGGGGAAAAUCACCACAAAGGUUGAUGUGUUCAGCUACGGUGUGGUGUUGAUGGAACUUCUGACUGGACUGAUGGCUCUUGAUGAGAGCCGGCCCGAGGAGAGCCGAUACCUAGCUCAGUGGUUUUGGCAGAUUAAAUCAAACAAAGAAAAGCUCAUGGCUGCCAUUGAUCCUGCUCUUCAGGCAACUGAGGAGACUUGGGAAAGCAUCUCCAUUAUAGCUGAACUUGCUGGACAUUGCACUGCUAGGGAACCAAACCACCGACCAGACAUGAGUCAUGCAGUCAAUGUAUUGGCUGCAUUAGUAGAGAAAUGGGUACCAAUUGACGAUGAAUUAGAUUGUUUUACCGGCAUUGACUUUGGACGACCACUUCCCCAGAUGCUGAAGGAUUGGAAGGAAGCAGGAAGCAGAGAUAUUAGCUAUGCUAGCCUUGAAGACAGCAAAGGAAGCAUACCUGCAAAGCCUGUUGGGUUUGCAGACUCCUUUUCUUCUGCUGAUGCUCGGUAACUGGAGUUAACUCCAUCGCAACUUGCGGGCAUGGUUGCUUUCACCUCAAGUAAUCAAAUUCGUGUAUGUCUGUUCCGGCUGCUAUCAGGUGUCGUUUGAUUUUCUCAUUUUUCUGUUGUUUUUGAGACCUCUGCAUGCUAAUAAAUCAGGUUUUCAAGCUAAUCAUAGCUUGUAUAUGUAUGUAUGGAGUGUAAACCAACACAAGCCCCCCCCCCCCCAAAAAAAAAAAAGAACCGUUUGUUUGAAGAUACCAGAUCAUUGAAUUCUGGGAUCCAAGUUAUAGGGAGGUGAUUAUUUGUUUUUAAACGUGGAUUGAAAACCACUGAUGCAAGGGCAAAAAAAAUUUUCUUGCGCAA